CGGCGGGGCCGGGGGAUGGACAGACAGACGGACGGACGGACAGACAGACAGGCGGGCGGACGAGGGCGCGGGACUCGGGCCGGGGGCCGCGGCCUUGCUGUCCCGGCGGGUGGGCGGGUGUCCGUCCGUCCUCUCCCGGGCCGGGCCCGCGGGGGAGGCGGCGCUGGCGGGCGGCAGCCGGGUCGGGGUCAGGCGGUCGCUCCGCCCGGCGCUCACCCGCUGUCUGUGCUGUCCCGGCGCCAGGUGCAGGCGCGGCGGCCUUCGGCGCCGACCCUCUCUCCCUCCGUGCCGGCGCCAUGGCCAUGAGGGAGCUGGUGGAGCCGGAGUGCGGGGGCUCCAACCCCCUGAUGAAGCUGGCGGGGCACUUCACCCAGGACAAGGCCCUGCGGCAGGAAGGGCUGCAGGGCCCGCUGGCCUGGCCCCCCGGGGCGCCCGAAGCUGCAGCCGUAUCCAAACCACUGGGAGUAGCUACCGAAGAUGAGCUGGUUGGAGAGUUUCUGCAAGCUCAGAAUGCCCCUUUGCUGUCCCGUGCACCCCAGACCUUUAAGAUGGAUGACCUGUUGGCUGAGAUGCAAGAGAUUGAACAGUCAAGCUUCCGACAGGCCCCUCAGCGAGCUCCAGGUGUGGCAGCCCUGGCACUGUCUGAAAACUGGACCCAGGAAUUCUUGGCUGCAGCAGAUAAUGCUGGUGAUGUCUCUUCAGAUUACAAUGAGGCUGACUGGUCACAGGAGUUCAUUGCUGAAGUGACAGAUCCGCUGUCUGUGUCUCCUGCCAAGUGGGCAGAAGAAUACCUAGAGCAGUCAGAGGAGAAACUGUGGCUUGGGGAAUCAGAAGAUCAGUCCUUGGCAGAUAAAUGGUAUGAGGAAUACCAACCUGAGGAUGAUCUUAAGAAGACUGUUACUGAUUUCCUCUCCAAAGUGGAUGAUCCAAAACUCAAGAAUACUGAGUUCCUAAAGUUUGUCCGCCAGAUCGGAGAUGGGAGGGUAUCGAUCGAAGCUAAUCAGGUGACCCACAGAGACCAAGAUCAGGCAGAGCAAUGGGCAGCUGAGUUUAUACAGCAGCAGUCAGAUGUGGAGUUCUGGGACAAACUCCAGGCGGAAUGUGAGGAGAUGGCCAAGAGAGACGCAGAGGCUCACCCUUGGCUCUCUGAAUAUGAAGACCUCAACUCCUCAUCAUACGACAAGGGUUACCAGUUUGAGGAGGACAAUCCCAUGAGGGAUCACCCGGAUGCAUUUGAAGAGGGGCGGAGGCGCUUGCAGGAAGGUGACCUCCCCAACGCUGUGCUGCUCUUUGAGGCUGCGGUGCAGCAGAAGCCAGAUCACAUGGAGGCCUGGCAAUAUCUGGGAACCACCCAAGCAGAGAAUGAGCAGGAGCUUUUGGCGAUCAGCGCCCUCAGACAGUGCCUGGAGCUGCAGCCUGGGAACCUCACAGCCCUUAUGGCUUUAGCAGUCAGCUUCACCAAUGAGUCCCUGCAGAAGCAGGCGUGUGAGACCCUGCGGGACUGGCUGCGCCAUAAACCGGACUAUGCCCACCUGCUGAACAAGGAGCCAGAGGAGAGUGUCUCGGGGACAAACCUGGGGCCUUCCAAUCGUGUCCUGAGCUCCCUGCUCUCUGACUCGCUGUUCAUGGAGGUGAAAGAGCUGUUCUUAGCAGCUGUGCGCAGCAACCCCUCAGCUGUGGAUCCUGACGUCCAGUGUGGCCUGGGUGUCCUUUUCAACCUCAGUGGCGAGUACGAGAAGGCUGUGGAUUGCUUCAGUGCCGCACUCAGUGUGCGCCCCAAUGACCACCUUCUGUGGAACAAGCUGGGUGCCACCCUGGCCAACGGGAAUCGGAGUGAAGAAGCUGUGGCCGCGUAUCGCCGGGCGCUGGAGCUCCAGCCGGGAUAUAUCCGCUCUCGCUACAACCUGGGCAUCAGCUGCAUCAACUUAGGAGCCCACCGUGAGGCUGUGGAACACUUCCUGGAGGCUUUGCACAUGCAGCAGAAGAGCCGAGGUCCGCGGGGGCAGCAAGGAGCAAUGUCUGACAACAUCUGGAGCACCCUACGCAUGGCCCUCUCCAUGCUGGGGCAGAGUGACCUGUAUGGGGCAGCUGAUGCCCGUGACCUGCCCACACUGCUGCAGGCGUUUGGCCUCCAGCAGUGACUCUGGGACAGGCUUCCCUGCGAGUGCAGCGGAUGCCUAACCCAGCAAUGAAUGACCUUGCUUAGGCAGAAAAUGUUCACAUGGGUUCACACACAUCUUUGCCCUGGAAGGGCAGAUCAUUGGCAACUGUUUAUUUUUAAGUACCCCCCUGGUGAAGUGUGCAACUUCCCCAACCUGUCUGUUGUGGCCUGAGCAUUUCUGAAUGGUUCACGUUAUCACCUCCAUGACGACUGACACUGCUGGUUCACAGAUGAUCAAAGUGGGGAAGACAGCAGCACCCUGCCCUCUUGCCAGACUGCAUUUGCAGUAGUGCCCAGCUUGGCUAUGAGACCUUGGCUAUGAGAGCCAUUCUGCAGACUGCCUGCAAGGGUGUGUCUCGAGUUUGGGCUGCUUUGGAGGGGUGGGAUUGCUGUUUCACCCAAAAGGGUGAAAUAUUGUGGGGUUUGAGCAUGCUUCCCCAUAUAUGUGCUUGCAUGUGUGUAUAUGUGGGUUCCUAGGGAAAACUGGGGCAGUAAUCCCCUUUUCUGGCCACGGGUAACUUCAUGGUACUGCCAGAUGCUGCUUUCUCAGUGUCUCUUCAUGAACCUUUUAAGACAGGAGUCAUGUACUGAUGCGGAGCACAAGGGUGGAGGCUCUUACCCCGCCAGGGUAAGGGGAGAUCCCAGAGUUCAGGCUUGAGAGAAGGUGAUAGGAAUAAAAGUCUAAAAUGUAACCUCUCCCAAAAUAUGGUGGGGAAAGGGGUCAAGUCUUAAUUUUCUCUUGCUCAUCUGUCAUUGUUUUCCUUUGUGCAAAAGUCCUCAUCUUGUGUGUAACUGAAUCUUGUUAAUUAUAAAUAUCUGUAUAUGAUUCUACUGGGGAAAAUGUUUUUUAAUUGUAAAGUAUUUUGUAUAAUAAAGGUAUAAGCCCACUGCUUUUCAAA